CCCUUUUUCCCCUUCCCUCUUCUUUGCUUGGGCAAUCCUCGAGAGUCAAAAUGUUUGUUUGGUGUUGGAUGAUUGGUCCGAUGUCGGGAGGAGGGGCAGCCCGGGCGGUGACUCCAUACACCGACGCCUUUUGACCACGCCCUUUGAAAGUUACCGAGCAAUUAUUCUGCCCCUCUGUCUCACCGCCUGCUCGGGACUGAAAGCAGCGAACAAGGUUCUCCAGCUCAACAGGCCUUGGCAGCUCAGUUCCUGGGCAAAGAACCAGGGGCGCAUUUCCAUUUCGAACAGCUUGUGAUAUCGAGAUCACAUUUCAAGAUAUCUCGCCUUUUUCUACGCGCCAACACACCGAAAUUCCAAUUGGACCUAUUCAGCUUCGCAAAUCCAAUUCCCCAAUUCAUCAUGUCCUCCCAACCACCACCACAACCAUCACCACCCACCACCACCACCACAUCCCCAGACCCAGCCGCCUCAUCCACCCCCCCAUCACAACCACAACAACCCCCCGGCUACCUCACCAACGACCCCAAACGCACAGGCUACGACCCCUCCCUAGCCUGGUACUUCAACUACUUCCGCAUCCUCACCGGCCGCGUCACCCGCGAAGGCAUCGAGCAUUACCGCGAGGACCGCUACAAAGCCAACGAAGCCCGCGACUGCGCCCGCUGCGAAGCAGACCGCGACUGGCUCUUCCAGCACUCCCCCGUCGUCCGCUACCUCCGCGAAAAAGCCGCCGCCCUCAACGGCGACCUCGGCCCUCACAACGUCGUCUGCCGUCGCUGCCCGGGGAGAAUAGCCGAAGAUGGCACCGUGGUUCGUCAGACGGGAGGUUUCAGCCCAGAUCACGGAAUCCUCCUGUGCGCAAAUGAGUUCAGAGACAGGAGUCAUCUGGAGGACACACUGGCGCAUGAGAUGGUGCAUGCGUGGGAUCAUCUCAGGUGGAAGGUGGAUUGGAUGGGGGGUAUGGAUUUGAAGCACGCGGCUUGUACAGAGAUCAGAGCCUCCAUGCUCAGCGGUGAAUGCCGCUGGACGCGAGAAACCAUAACCCGAGGAAACUGGACCCUCACCCAACAAUUCCAAAACUGCGUCCGGAUGCGAGCCAUCCAAUCCGUCAUGAACAGACCAACGUGUAAAGACGAUGUCCAAGCCACCAAAGUCGUCAACCAAGUCUGGGACUCUUGUUUCAACGACAAGAGACCGUUUGAAGAAAUCUACAGGUAAAACAUCUCGUAAAUGUAGAAAAGAAAUUGUAAUAAAAAAAAAGGAUUAGAAUUAAACACACAACUCCCCGCUACGCUAUGCAAUUGUUUAACCAGUGAAUCAAGAGGACAAAACCCCCCUUCCCUUUCCC